AUGGCCAGCGCGCGCAAGCUAGCCGCGACCAGCUCACAUCGCUUCAUGAAGAGCUCGUUCGUCCGUCAAACGCUUGGGGCGCUGCCUCAACCGGAAUGCCAAAUCGAGGAGCGCACCGUUACGGCGAGGAGCGGUAAAGCAGUGCCCUUCCGGGUAUACCGGCCGAUGCAGACAGCACCAGCGCAGAAACCGGUACUCGUGAUGGCGCACUCGGGCGGGUUUUGCAUGGGCGGCUUCGAAACCGAAGAAUUUACCUGCCGCCUCCUCUGUCGCAGCCAAGAUGUGAUUGUGGUCGACGUCGACUAUUCCCUGACACCCGAGGCACAGUUUCCCACUGCCGUCCACGAGUACUACGACGUCGUCAAGUGGGUGGCCCACAACGCCGCGACGCUCGGCGCAGACCUCUCCAAAGGUUUCAUCGCUGCCGGCGUCUCUGCGGGAGGCAAUCUCUCGGUGCACGCAGCUUACAUGGCCCGCGACGAAGGACUACAGCCGCCUCUCACGGGCACAUUGUUCGUCUGCACGGGCAUGCCGCACAUGUUGACGGAUGUGUCGGGCAAACGCAUCGACUUGUUCCCCGGCAAGCUGGUGUCGUGGCACGAUAACAAGGACGUCCCGAUUGGAACUCCGGCGACCAACGAUUUCUACGGUGAGCUCGCGGGCAUGCGCGCCGAUGACCCGUUGACGACGCCGUUCUUCUACAAGGAUCACUCCGGCCUGCCGCCCGUCUUCUACCAGUGCGCGGGUAUGGAUAUCUGGAGAGACAGCGCCAUUUACUACGCGCAUCUCCUGCAUCAGGCUGGCUCGCCCACUCGACUGAUCGUCUACCCCGGCCUGCCUCAUCUCUGGGCCUAUUUCUAUCCGGAGAUCUCGACCACGCAGAAAUGGGUGAAGGAUCUCGUCGCCGGCUUGGGUUGGUUGUUGUCGUUGCAGCCGAGUCCGCCCAAGUCCUCCUCUGGUGCGAAGCUAUGA